GACCCCGGUUGCUCGCUCGGUGUAACCAGUGGUCUUCAGGAUGGCGACUCCUCUAACGGACCAGGAGAAGCGCAAGCAGAUCAGCAUCAGAGGGAUCGUCGGUGUGGAGAAUGUGGCAGAGCUGAAGAAGGGCUUUAACCGGCACCUGCACUUCACGCUGGUCAAAGACAGGAACGUCGCGACGCCGCGCGAUUAUUAUUUCGCGCUCGCGCACACGGUGCGUGAUCACCUGGUGGGCCGCUGGAUCCGUACACAGCAGUUCUAUUAUGAGGCCGACCCAAAACGUGUAUAUUACCUUUCUCUGGAGUUCUACAUGGGUAGGGCGCUCCAGAACACCAUGAUUAAUCUGGGUCUCCAGAACGCCUGUGAUGAGGCUAUCUACCAGAUUGGUUUGGAUAUGGAGGAUCUGGAAGAGAUGGAAGAAGAUGCUGGAUUAGGGAACGGAGGGCUGGGAAGAUUAGCAGCUUGUUUUCUCGACUCCAUGGCGACUCUGGGUCUGGCUGCUUAUGGAUAUGGGAUCCGAUAUGAGUAUGGAAUCUUCAACCAGAAAAUCAAAGAUGGAUGGCAGGUUGAGGAAGCGGAUGAUUGGUUGAGGUACGGUAACCCCUGGGAGAAAGCCCGUCCUGAGUUCAUGCUGCCUGUGCAUUUCUAUGGACGUGUGGACGAAGAGGAUGGGACGGAGCCGAAAUGGGUUGACACACAGGUGGUCCUUGCCAUGCCCUAUGACACACCAAUCCCUGGAUACAUGAACAACACAGUGAACACUAUGCGCUUGUGGUCUGCACGCGCACCCAACGACUUCAACCUGCGCGACUUUAAUGUUGGUGAUUAUAUUCAGGCAGUUUUGGACCGUAACUUAGCAGAAAACAUCUCCCGUGUACUCUAUCCAAAUGACAAUUUCUUUGAAGGAAAGGAGCUGCGGUUGAAGCAGGAAUAUUUUGUGGUGGCAGCGACUUUACAAGAUGUGAUUCGGCGCUUUAAGACCUCAAAGAGGAGCUGCUCUGGACCAAUGUCAUUUGAUAGCUUUCCUGAUAAGGUGGCCAUCCAGUUGAAUGAUACUCAUCCUGCUAUGGCCAUCCCUGAACUGAUGAGGAUAUUUGUGGACAUUGAGAAACUAGACUGGGACACAGCCUGGAAUAUCACUAAACAAACGUUUGCUUACACCAACCACACGGUUCUGCCUGAAGCUCUGGAGCGUUGGCCAGUGGAACUGAUGGAGAAACUUUUACCCCGACACCUGCAGAUAAUAUACAAGAUCAACCAAAUACACCUGGAUCAUAUAGCAUCUCUGUUUCCAGAUGAUAUGGAUCGAAUCCGCACGAUGUCUCUGAUCGAGGAGGAAGGGGGAAAGAGAGUAAACAUGGCUCAUCUCUGCAUUGUGGGCUCACACAAAGUCAAUGGAGUUGCACAGAUUCACUCCGACAUCAUCAAAAGAGACGUAUUCCGAGACUUUAGUGAGCUGGAACCAGAGAAAUUUCAGAAUAAAACAAACGGCAUCACACCGCGGCGCUGGCUGCUCCUCUGCAACCCAGGACUCGCUGAUCUGAUCGCAGAGGCUAUCGGCGAAGAGUAUGUGAAAGAUAUGACUCAGCUGCAGAAGCUGAAUGAUCUGGUUGACGACGAUGCUUUCAUCCGAGAUAUAGCCAAAGUCAAACAGGAUAACAAGCUGAAGUUUGCGCAAUAUUUAGAGAAAGUGUACAAGAUGGACAUAAAUCCCGCAUCCAUGUUUGAUGUCCAUGUGAAAAGAAUCCAUGAAUACAAACGACAGCUGCUCAACUGCCUUCAUGUCAUCACCAUGUACAACCGCAUCAAAAGGAGCCCCAUUAAACCGUUCGUCCCACGGACUGUGAUUAUCGGUGGAAAGGCUGCUCCUGGAUAUCACAUGGCAAAGAUGAUCAUUAAGUUGAUCACGUCUGUCGCUGAUGUGGUGAAUAACGAUCCUGUGAUCGGCCGUAAACUGAAGGUCAUUUACCUGGAGAACUACAGGGUGUCACUUGCAGAGAAAGUGAUUCCAGCUACAGACCUGUCAGAGCAGAUCUCCACUGCAGGUACAGAGGCUUCCGGAACGGGAAACAUGAAGUUUAUGCUGAACGGCGCGCUGACCAUUGGCACUAUGGAUGGUGCCAACGUGGAGAUGGCAGAAGAAGCCGGAGAAGAAAACCUCUUCAUCUUUGGCAUGAGGGUGGAAGAUGUGGCAAAGAUGGAUAAAGAAGGCUAUGAUGCAUUAGAAUAUUACGAGAGUCUUCCGGAGCUGAAACAAGCCAUAAAUCAGAUCAAAAGUGGCUAUUUUUUACCGACACAGCCUGAGAUGUUCAAUGACAUCAUCAACAUGCUGUUCCAUCAUGAUCGGUUUAAGGUUUUCGCAGACUAUGAGUCUUACGUCGAGUGUCAAGAGAGAGUCAGCGAUCUGUAUAAGGAUCAGAGAGAGUGGACUCGGGUGGUAAUUAAGAACAUUGCAGCAUCUGGAAAGUUCUCCAGUGACCGUAGCAUUAAAGAGUACGCCACUGAGAUCUGGGGAGUGGAGCCCACUGACCUGAAGAUUCCUCCACCCAGUGAACCCCGCGAAGCUCUGGAGGAGACCGCUCGCGCCCUGCGCAAGAACUGAACACAUCAGCACAGAGUCUCGGGAUCAUGAGAAGACUUGUUACAGUCAUUAAUAGAACUACAUAACUUAGAAUGAAUUCAACUUUAGGAGCUUAGAAUGAAUUCAACUUUAGGUUUUUCUUUCAAUUUUUCUAUAGGAGUGCUUUGUACAAGCAAAAAGUUCAAAUAAACCUCAUAUUUUAAUUAA